AUGGAAGCGAGCAAAGAAGCUCAAGUGUCGGAGGAGCACAUGGACACAGAGAAUGUGAGAUUCUAUGAUAGCAUGGAGAGAAGGAUUGAGAGGCUAAGAAAGGAUUUGGAAAGGGUACCUGGAGAUAUAUCAAGUGAGAUGACAGAGCACAAAAUUUCAGCCAGGUACAAAGAAAAAUACGAAAUGUUCAUAAGGGAGAAAGUGAGAGAGUUGAGUGGGGAACUAAAUGAAAUGGCAGAACAGUGCCGUAGUAUAGAGGAUGAACGGGACAGUACGUCCGAAGCCAUGAAAACAUUAGGUAUACAAUCAGUUGAGGACUGGAGAGAGUUUGUAAGGGUGGCUGAGAGAAACAGGGAGAUUCUAACACAAGCAUGCAAUAUGCUAAUUACUAAUGUGCUUCAGGUGCCGACAGCCAUUCAAGACCUCAAAAAGAAGGGAGGUGAAACGGAAAAAGUCAAGCAGGCCCCAGCAGUACAAUCCAAGGCGGACUGGAGCGCUGUUCGAACAAAACUUGAACAACUUUGUGUGGGGAUUACCCAGUUCGCAUUCAGGGGACAGGGACGUGGAACUAAGAGGUCAGCAAAAUGA